AUGCACAGUGAAUGUUACGCCCCGUCUAGGGGGAUCUACCUGCUGGACAUCAUCUACAUCGACUCGGCCUAUCCAGCGUCUGACAGCAUCAUCGAGACGGAGCAGAGAGCCAAUCAGAUGAACAACAUCCUGCGGGUGAUCUCUGACCUCCAGAUGUCCUGCACAUACGAUCACCUCGUGACACUCCCGCAUGUGCAGAAGUAUCUGAUGUCCGUCCGCUACAUUGAGGAGCUCCAGAAGUUUGUGGAAGAUGACAACUUCAAACUGUCUCUGAAAAUCGAACCUGGGAACUGUUCACCGCGCAUGGCCACAUCCAAAGAAGACCUCGCAGGGCCGUCUGAAGUGUCUCUCUCUGUGAGGUAUAACCGUCGGCCCACCUGUCCUGAUGCCACUGUUGGGGUCCACAUAAACACCCCUCCACCCUCCCGCCAUCGCAAGAGCCACAGCCUCGGGAACGCCAUGAUGUGGCAUUUCGGUGUGGUGGAGAGUAAAAGUGCCACAUUUCCCGUAGAGAAACCACGCCACCUGCUGGACGACAGCUUCCUGGAGUCCCAGAGUCCAGCCCGAACCCAUCCGCACAGGUCCUCGGUGUCCAACGGCAUCUCUAUAGGCAGCAGUCAGAGUUCAUUCUGUGAUGAUCUUUCUCCGGGAGUCGAGAGGGGCCGCAUGUACGCCACUCUGGGCCCCAACUGGAGGGCUCCUGUGCGCAGCUCCCCCAGAGGCCGCAGCCGGGCCCUCAGUCCGUCAGUUUCGGAGGUCACUGGAGACGCCAGUUUGUUUACGAUGCAGGGGCCGAUCAGGAGGAAAACCAUGAUGAAGGAGGGCAGGAAACCCAAGCUCUCGUCAUGGACGCGGUACUGGAUCACACUCUCUGGAUCCACUCUCCUAUUCUACAGAUCCAAAGCCCUGCGAGCCACAGACCGCAAGCAUUACAAGUCGUCUGCGUGUAAGAAAGUGUGUGUUCUGGGCUGGAUGGUGGUUCUGCCGGAUGAUCCUGCUCAGCCCAACAUCUUUCAGCUCAACGAUCCUGAUAAAGGGAAUGUUUACAAGUUUCAGACUAGCGAUCGCUUCUCUGCGAUCUUAUGGCACAAACACCUGGAGGAGGCCAGUCGGAGAAGAAGACCUCAGAUACCAGCAAAUCUCAUGUCGUUUGAGUAAAGGGACUCGUGUAGCUCUUGACAUUUAUCAUGUGCCAAAGGCCUACAGAGAUGGAGGAGAAUGUGUUUCAAUCAGCAAAAUCUUGAAAAACAAGUGAAAAAGCUUCAGCGUUGAGGAGUCACUGAGCCAACGCACUGGAUCUGUUCAUCUGGACCACUGUUACAGACCAGAUCUGCACACUCAAAUGGAGGAAAAUCCAGCUUUAUGAAGUCUUCUGUGUGGAGAUUAAUGCAUCUGAAGGGGUUUGUUGAUGUUGAGAUCGAGCAGGUAUGUUUUAGGGGUCACACUUUACUAGGUUUCAUUAGUUAAUGUAUUUGCUAACAUGAACAAACAAUACAUUAAUUACAGUAUUUAUUCAUAGUAAAUCCAUAUAAAGUCAUUCAUUUUUAAUUUAUGUUAACUCUGAGUGCAUUAAA